AUGGGACGGUUUCAUUCCUUUUCUCUGCUUGCUGUCUUGGCCUGUGUUCGAUACGCUUCGUCGACGGGUAUCCUCGAGUCAAUCACCGGCUUCAACACAAUCGGCGAUCACUUCGGUUAUCCGGCGUUUCAAGAUACAACUUACGAUUAUGUUAUCGUCGGAGGUGGGACAGCUGGCCUCGCCAUGGCCGCAAGACUGUCCCAAGGGGGAGCCGGGACAGUCGCGGUUAUUGAAGCCGGCGGCUUCUACGAGCUUGACAAUGGCAAUCUCUCCACAGUGCCUGGCACAUCAGCGUAUUUCAUAGGCACGGCGCCUUUGGUGAAAAAUCCUCUGAUUGACUGGCAAUACCAAACGGAGCCAAAUCCAGGGCUUGGAGGCCGUAGCAUUCUGUAUAACUCUGGGAAGACUUUAGGAGGCGGCAGUGCGCGUAACUACAUGGUCUAUGCUCGAGGAUCCAAAGGGUCGUAUCAGAAAUGGGCCGACGAGGUUGGCGACAAGAGUUAUGCGUUUGCUCAGUUCCUGCCUUACUUCCAAAAGAGCGUCCAGCUCGACUUUCCUAAUAACGCUGUUCGGGCACGCAAUGCAUCUAUUUAUCCUAACCCGAGGGCAUAUGGGACCUCUGGGCCCCUCAAGGUGUCCUUUUCCAACUGGGCCAACACCAUUGGAUCAUGGGCAAAGCUGGCUUUGAAAGAACUUGGGCUAUCGGAGCUGCCAGACUUCGUUAGCGGUGAUAUCUAUGGGUAUCAGUACACAUCUCAGACAAUUGAUGGUAAGACGCAAACGAGAAGCUCGUCGGAGGCAUCGUACCUGAGGCAGGCCCUGAGCAAAAAUUCCCAACUGCAGGUCUACAAGACGUCCUUGGCAAAGCAGAUCCUUUUUGACUCGAACAAGCGCGCUACUGGCGUCCUCGUUGACACUGCUGGCGUGAAGUACAACCUAUUGGCGAGGAAGGAGGUCAUCGUUUCCGCCGGUGUCCAUCGCUCGCCGCAGUUGCUUAUGGUUUCAGGCAUUGGACCUCAGGAGAUAUUAGAAGACCUUGGAAUUCCCAUCGUGUCGAAUUUGCCUGGCGUUGGCCAGAACAUGUGGGAUCAACCAUUCUUCGGACCGUCGCACGCAGUAGAUAUCAUUACGCAUAGCUCAAUGAGUUCGCCAGUGUUCAUGGGUAAACAAUUCGACGACUAUCGCAAGUCACGCACAGGCUUCCUCACCAACCCGGGCUCUGACUUCCUGGCAUGGGAGAACCUGCCAAAGGACCUGUUCCAGACACUUAGCAACGCAACACAGAAUGAUCUGACGACACAGUUUCCAGCAGACUGGCCGACUCUCCAGCAUACCUUCGCCGACGCCUUCUACGGCGACGGCCACGACAUGCUGCUCGGUGCACCGCCCGAUAAUCGCCAGUACGUCGGUAUCCUGCCAACACUUGUUGCGACCUUUAGUCGCGGCAACGUGACCAUAAAGAGCACCGAUACCAGUGUCAAUCCGAUCAUCAACUCAAACCUCCUGUCCGACCCGCGCGAUCAGGAGAUUGCCAUCGCGGCCUUUAAACGCGCCCGCCAGAUGUUCGCAACCAAGGCCCUUAGCAAAAUCACUGUAGGAACAGAGGACUACCCGGGCUCGAGCGUCUCUACCGAUGCCGAGAUUCUUGCCCACAUUAUGAAAACUACAGCACCUAUCUGGCACGCUAGCAGCACCUGCAAGAUGGGCAAGGCCAGCGACAAAAUGGCCGUUGUCGAUUCCAAGGCUAAAGUGAUGGGCGUUAGCGGCUUAAGAGUCGUCGACGCCUCGGCCUUCCCGUUCUUGAUCCCUGUCCAUCCACAAGGCACAGUUUGUGAGUUCUUCCCUCCUUCCCCCGCCGUUGUACCAACGAGAGAACCGAGGGGCUUCCUGCUAACUUACGUCUCUCACUUCAAAGAUGCCCUCGCUGAGAAAAUUGCCUGUGACAUUCUAUCGUGA